AUGGCAUGCAUAACAACCGAAGACUACGAGUCGCCGGCUAUCCAGGACUGGCCAAGCAUGCAGCAAUCGCCACAACGAGAUGAUUUCAUGGCGGAAGUUAUGAACCUCCUCGACAAGUUCAUGACGCUGCUGUCGACCCCAAAGCUCCCUGCUGUGCGACUACCAAAGUGCGUCUUGGGCAAGGACAAUAUGACUGUCUCUGGCAAGAACAUUCCCUUUACGCGAUCCAUGUCGAAAGCGGCGCGAACUCAAAUUCCCCUGCUUCCGACCAUCGACGAGCUGUCGACAGCAUGA